CUUGCAGCAAAGCGUUUUUGUUUACGUUGCUAAUGGUGUGUUAAUCAUUUCUAGGCUUAAGGAAUUUCAAUGAUAUUAAAAAAACAUUAACGGUAGGAUGUAAAAACAUCAUCCACAAUUUCGUAAUCACAAUGUCGAAAAUAACUCUGAAGCCUUUGGACGAUGGACAGAAGGCCGUUGAGAUACCUGUGGGCAAGACGACCAUUGGGCGAGGACCUUUCCUCGGCUGCAGUGAUAAAAAAGUUUCAAGAAAUCAUGCAGUUUUAGAAGUCACAAGCAAAGGAGAAGUAUUUUUAACUCCUACUCAUGUGAAUCCUUGUUUUUUCCAACCAACUGCUGAUAGUCCUGGUCAGAUUCUGAAAAAAGAUGUUCCUCAUAGGCUAGUAAAUGGGGAUUCUUUUUCACUGUUACCUAGAGCAUUUCGAUACCAGCUAAUUGUAGCUGGAGAUUCAAAUGAAGACAAAAGUGUUGAUCAGAAUGACUUAAAUAAGCAGCCGUCUGAAAAAACCAAUGGCUCAAAUGGGGAAGAAGCAGAAGUCUUGCUAAAUGAUGGUCCUAAAGAUCAAAUAAAAGGCAUCUCAAGCGAAGAGCUCAAUGACACAA